GCCAUUCAUAGCUAUCAUCCACAAGUUCACACGGUCAACCCUUAAGAUGGCCUCAUCAGUCUCCUUCACCCUUUUCUUCGUCUGCAUCUCUUUCUUUCACUUCCCACUCUUUUCAUCACAAUCAAGCGAUUCAUUCCCGAAAGAAGCCCUCCCCAGCAGGUAUGGCUACCUACCAAUCAGUCCUACUUCUGCUUCUGCGAUUUUCUACGCUUUCUAUGAAGCCCAAAACACCACUUUGCCACUCUCACAAACCCCACUUCUGAUUUGGCUCCAAGGUGGCCCUGGCUGCUCCUCCAUGCUUGGCAACUUCUACGAGCUUGGACCAUGGCGAGUCACCCAAUCCCUCACCCUUCACCCCAACCCUGGUUCUUGGAACAGAAUUUUUGGCCUUCUUUUUCUUGAUAGUCCCAUUGGAUCUGGCUUCAGUUUGGCCUCAACCCCACAAGAGAUCCCAAGAGAUCAAAACACCGUUGCCAAACACCUCUUUGCUGCCAUAACCAACUUUCUUCAGCUCGAUCCUCUUUUCAACCAUCGCCCUAUUUAUAUUACUGGAGAAAGCUAUGCCGGCAAGUAUGUGCCUGCAAUUGGGUACUAUAUAUUGAAGAAAAAUGCAGACUUGGAGGGUUCAGAAAGAGUGAAUCUGGCCGGUGUAGCUAUUGGGGAUGGGUUAACAGACCCCGAAACUCAAGUUCUGUCUCAUGCUGUGAAUGCUUACUAUGCUGGAUUGAUCAACGAGAGGCAGAAGAAUGAGUUGGAAAAAGCUCAACUGGAAGCAGUUGGGUUGAUCCAGAAGAGGAAUUGGAGUGAAGCAGCAGAUGCGAGAAACAAGGUGUUGGGAAUGUUGCAAGACAUGACAGGGUUGGCUACUUUGUACGACUAUAGAAGGAAGAUUCCGUACGAGGAUGAUCUGGUUGAACGGUUCUUGAACAUUGCGGAGGUGAAGAAGGCACUGGGGGUGAAGGAAUCGUUUGUGUAUGAGAUAUGCAGUGAUGUUGUCGGGGAGGCAUUACAUGGUGAUGUGAUGAAAAGUGUGAAAGAGAUGGUGGAAUACCUGGUGAGGAAGAGCAGGGUGUUGCUGUAUCAAGGUGAGUAUGAUUUGAGGGAUGGAGUUGUCCAAACAGAGGUGUGGGUGAAGACGAUGAAAUGGGAAGGGAUACCACACUUUCUCAAUGCUGAAAGGAAGAUAUGGAAGGUCAAUGGAGAGCUUGCUGGGUAUGUGCAGAGUUGGACCUCUCUCACCAAUGUUGUCGUUUUAGGAGCUGGUCAUCUUCUUCCCACCGACCAACCUCUUCAUUCUCAAGCUAUGAUUGAAGAUUGGGUUCUCCAAAAGGGUUUGUUUCAAAACUUUCAUAAGGCAAAUGUAUCAAGUAAGUCUAUACUUGUUGAGUAACCUUUGAAAUUAAUCAUUGGUUAAGUUAAACUCGUCAUUGCACAACUGUUUGCCUUGGUUAAUCAAUCACUUUUAAAAAUGUACUCUUUCAUUACUUUACUUGUUCUCCCUCUUUUAAAUUCAAAGUGAUAGUUAUUUUUUCCUAAAA